AUGAAGCUCAUACUAUCAACCGGUAAUAUAAUGACCMCCGGCCCCUCGGUGGUCCGCUUCCAAGCCGAAAAAUCCAACGUCGAAUUAAUCAACUCUCUCAAAUCCAACUUCGAAGCCGCGCAACAAACUCUGCCGCCACAGGACGAGCAAUCGAACGGAACGAAAAGUACAUCGUGGACGAAACAAGAGGGCGAUACACUUUACGUUCCCGCGACCGACUUCGCGCUCUCUGGACUGUCAGAAGAACGAGAUCAGUACGAUAUUACUGUCAAGUUAUUCUACCUCCCCGGAAUCCCCGCGUCGCGAAGACAGGCACAUACGCGAGAUGCGAUUGAUUUGGUUCUCAAGGAAUUACACGUUGAAUCUAUCGAUCUAUUGAUUGUCUCCUUCCCAGGGGUAUCCUUUGACGCAGAGGACGAAGAAACAGAAGCAGAUGACGACGAAGCAGGUUCAAGGACAGGCAGUGAGAGUAAAUCCGGAAGCGACAGCACAGAACAAGCAGAUGAUUUCGAGAGCAUGGUGAAGACAUGGCAUGCGCUUGAGACGCUGGUGGAAAACGGCAAAAUUGCGCAACUCGGUGUUGCGGAGUUUGGCACUGAGCGGCUGGCGAGGKUCAUUCAGCAGACGACUGUUAGGCCAUCGGUUGAUCAGAUCAAUGUCAAGGACUGCUGUGUUGUUCCAAAGUCACUCAUUCUUUAUGCUAAGCAGGAGAAGAUUCGACUUCUCACGCAUAAUGACUGCACCAAUAUCUUACCCCCAGGUACGACUCGCGACUUGUUAGGGUCGGGCAAGGACGGUGCUGGGGUUUUUGCAUCCACGCCUGGUGCGGUGGAUCUGCAGGGUGAAAUUGAGCCCCAGUGGGUAGUCAAGUACACGGCCGUGGUGAAAGAUCGAGGCGUCAUCGAGAAUAAGGGUUACUUUGCUCUUGCAGAAGUUGGAAGCUGUAUCAAAACAGAUGAUCGGUCCUGA